GGGUGUUGGGUGGCCGAAUGGUUAGCACGUGCGCACUGUAUCAUAAGGUCUGCCAUCGAGUCAACUGGCGUGGUUUAGAUUCCCCGGUUGUACAUGGCAAUGCGUAGGAUCGCCUGUCCAACCUCGAGGGUUAUCUCCGGGUCCCCCGAUUUCCUCGCAAGCGAAUUAUUGAAAUAAAAUUGAACCAUGUGCUAGUCCCAAAAUGACCUAGUUUGUGUCGAGUUGACGUUAAACAAUAAUAAUAUUGUUACUUUAACAUUAUUUCAUCUGUUAAUUCUAUAUGUGUAAUUUAUAUCCUGUUUGAUAUACCUGUGUAACUCAAACUAUAACAAAACAGUUUGUAUACACGAAAAGUUCACAAUAACAUACCUGUAUAUUUAAAGUCAUGAGACCACUUGUGUUUGCAAAUAGAAUAGUUAUUGUGUUAACAGAUUAUAACUUCGAGUCAGUAUUAUUAAUAUUUUGCUAUGUCAUAUACAGAUUGAAUUUGUUUCAGAAGCAAGACUAUGGAGACCAUAUUAUUUGCUGUGUUUCUUCUGCUACCAUCGACUACAGGAUUAACAAGUCGUGGUUGUAGUGGACCGAGUGACGAAGAGGAAUAUGAGCACGAACUGUCUUGUGACGAUGAACUAAAGAUAAAUAUUGUUUCGGCCCACUAUGGCUUCAAAUAUUCGUACAAAAGGUGCAGUGGCGAUUGCGGGUAUAAAUCUUAUUCUUGUGAUUGUCUUCUUGAUUUUAACGCCACGGUCGAAUCGAACCUUAUGAAUUCUUGUAAUGGGCUUCAAACGUGUAACUUUCAAACACCCAUACCACACGUUAAAAGUUGCCUUGGUGAAACUACGGCCUAUAAAGCCUAUGGUCGAGAUCUUUAUACAUAUUCCUAUAUCUAUUAUGUGUGUUUGCCAGGAAUCGGGAGUUAUGCUUGUGGUGAACCGAGUUCGGGGCACAUUCUGUCUUGUGAUGCUGAUAAAAGGAUUCAUAUAAUGUCGGCGCACUAUGGCUUCAAAUAUUCACCUGAUCCGUGCAGCAGCUAUUGUGGAAAGUACUAUAAUGAUUUUUGUGAUUGUCUUCUUGACUUUAAUGUCACAGUCGCAUCGAAUCUUACGGAUCAUUGUAAUGGGAUGCAGAGAUGUACCUUUCAAACUCCCAAACCAGAUAUUCAAAGUUGUCAUAGAAUAAUUACUUACUGGGUUGGAACAUACAAUGAAUCGUUUGAUCGUUAUACAUAUUCCUACAUACUAUAUGAAUGUUUGACAGCCACAACUACAUUACCCACCAAAAGCACAAUCAAUACAAGACAAGAAGUCACAAGUAUUGUAACACGCCAGAUAUAUACGGAUAAAAGUACAAUCCAGUCCACUGAACUAGACAAUUCCAAACUUGCAAAACCCACAGAAUCAUAUACGCCUGAAGAUAGAUCUGGAAGAACAGAAGAAAUCUUAAAUACUAUGUCCAUGGUUUUACAUAAAGAUACACCAGUAGAUACGGCUGCUAUUGCUGGAAGCGUCGUGGGAUGUAUUCUUCUGAUCAUAUUAGUUAUCAUUGUUGUAGUCGUCAUACUAAAACGAAAAACAAUGCGGACUUUUAUUGACAGUCGCUUCAAAGGCAGCCCAAGAGUCUCCAAUCCAGUAUACGAAGCACCAAGCGAUGGAUACAAUAAUGUUAUUUUCAAGAACGAUAAUUCUCCAUCUGUAAACGUGAUUAAAUUAGCGGACGAUUACAAUCAUUUACACGAUGCCAAGAACAAUAACUCAAUGACAACUGGUAACACGUGCAACUAUCUGGGGCAAAUGGGUGGUGAUUAUAACCAUCUACAUGAUAAUAACAACAGACUACCUGUCGAUGAUCAGUCAGGUGGAGCCUAUAAUCAUCUUGGUAUGGUAAAUACUAAGACACAGAAUUCAGAAGAACUUCACAAUGCCAACUAUAACCAUAUUUCUGGGUCGAAGGUUGACAAACCUGACGUUGACUAUAACCAUCUUCAUGGUGACAAGAAUGAUAUUCCAAAAACUGAUUAUAACCACUUGUACGAAAACAGGAAGACAGAAAUUCCAAAUGACUACAACCAUAUUGGGGGCAUAACCAACGGGAAGACUGGUGAUGUCCAGGGAGAGCAUACACAGGAAGAUGUUCAAUACGAGAUAGCCGACGAUGAAAGGGGAGAUUACUCCAAUAUUUCUGAACGGCAAUCUAACUAUGAAAAUUUUCCCAUUUCGGGUCAUCAAACUUGUGGGUAGUUUCAGAACUGAUGUUCGUACAAUUACAAACAAACACGAUAGUAGUAUUAUUCUGUAUAGGGUAGUAAACUAUUUUAACAAAUUAUAUUUAUAGUUUGUUCCUUGUACGUCAUGUGUGUAUGCCUACAAGUGAAAGCUCCGGCUGUAAUGCGAACCACAACAGAUGGUAAAUGAAAUUAGAAUUUAAGACACUUUAUUAUUUUAAUAUAGUCUCUUGUUUAUGCAGAUAAUUGAAGACAUGGAUUUGUGUUUAAGUUACAAUUUGUUUAUUUUAUAUGUUCAUUUCAUUUUUCGAAAAUGCUUUAUUUUGCAGAUACAUGAUGACAUAGAUUUGUAUUUUAGUAUGUUUAAAGAUACAUUAGUUAAGAGUUUUAUAAAGAGUUGGUCAUUCUUGCUAUAAUAAUUCAAAAAUAGAUGAUAAAAAAAGAAAAUGUUGAAAAUUUAAGUCAGAUUACUUCGUUCUGAACGGAAAGGACACUGUUGGAAAUUUGGACUAGAAAUAGGUAUCAAUUGUGUCUGCACCGUCUAUGAGAAUUGGCGAUCGUUUGAUUGACAGACGAUAACUCCACCCAUAUAUUCUCGAUUAUCAAGUAACAUGCUUAAUGUCUAUGGUAGCCUCACUUGGCAGGCCUUUCAUCACAAGUUUACGGUAGUGACAUCAGCGACUAACGGUAAACGUUAGCUUGGUCCGCCAUUUAUUGAUUUAAUUUUAAAUGGACGACUGUUUAAAUCCAAACUGUAUCCAAGUCAUCCGUGGGUAACCAGAGUUGAUUUUGAGCUUGUCGUGUAAAUAAAGGUCUAAUUAAUAAUUUCUAUAACAUCUGAUGCCUAAAUAAAGACUUGCAAUAGGCAGAUUUAGCUCUUGCAUAAUGUAUGUGUAAGUUACAAUUUGUUUAUUUUAUAUGUUCAUUUCAUUUUUAUAAUUGAUAACAUGCUUUAUUUUGUAUUUUAAUGUAUUGAAAUUAUAGUUUGUUGAUUUCAUAUUUUUUAUGUCGAUAUAACGUAAUCGAAAUCGGGAGUGAUAGUGACAAGCAACCCGACGCAUCCUGCUUCCCUUACACGCCUAAUGUCUGCUCCGGGAAGUCCUAGUGUAGCCGGAAAUCAUAUAUCGCCCACACAUGGGCGUCACACAUGGGGCGGGGCUGGGGGCCGACCCCCCCCCCCCCCAAUUGUUUUUCGGGGGGGGGGGGGUCUGAAUAUACUUGGACCCCCCAAAAAAUUUACAUAGUAGGCCCAAACUCCUAUUUAUUUACAACAAUUAUUAGGAUUAGUUAAGAUUCUAUCUGUAUAAAACCUGUACAUAUCCCAAUAUGGUUUACAUUGCUAAAAUAAAACACAGAGAGAAUCAUCCGGAAACAUGUGUGAAGUGAAAAGUAACUGUGUUCCAUAAAAUUGUGUCUAGUUAGCCUGUCAGUAUUUUGUUAAUUUUUUUUCUGCCACUUAUCAGAGUUAAUCGCAUGUAGGUCCCCAAAAAACGUUAUCGCCUAAACCAAAUAUUUAUCGCCCGCUCAGCCAGCAACGUAACCAUAUUUCUUUGCACGCGGUGUCUUGGUAGACAGCAUGGCCACAUGGUGUUUGUUUAUAUUUUUAGGGUUUUAAAAAAUGGGUUAGGGUUAGGGAUGCGGACCCCCCCCCCAAUAUAUAUUUCACGGCUACGCCCACAUAGUUUAUUAGGAGGAAUUAACAAAUAACUUUCAAUCUUUGCCCGCUCGCCUUACAUGCGGCGUGCCUCAAAGAUCGAUGCUCGCUCUAAUAUUGUUUCCACUCUACUGCCGUAAUUUAGCUGGUAUUGUCGCUAAACAUGAUCUUUAUCACCAUAUUAUUAUUUAUCAUAUAUUGUCCACAUAGUUUAUUACAGUUAUAGUUUGUUAAUUUUUAUAUGGCGAUAGUUAAGCAAAAAAAUAAAAUGCCUUUUAAUGUUAAUAUUUUGAUGCAGUGAGAAUUGAAAGUAAAGUAUAAAAUGCUGUUUUACAUUGGCGUGUACAUAUAGUUAUUGUUUGUUCAUUUUAAUACACCUAUAUUUCCAUGUGGUCGCAAUAUGUUGUCGCCCCUGUCCUUCUGGACGUCCGUUCACAUUUGUUUGUGGACAUUCUACCUGUCACACUUAAAUCAACUGAAUGAGGAACAUUAAUACCAACAACAUUUAUAUUAAAGCGACGAUACGUCUAUUCAAGCCAGAAUAAAAUGUUUUCAUUAAUUGUAUAUAAGUUUAGAUAUUCUAAUAGUUAAAGCUAUGCUAUCUUGUAAUAUUCUUGAACAAUGUCUAUUGUGUAUCACCUACUAUAAAUAAACGUUAUAUUGGUAGUAACCAAU